AUGUCAUUUCCAUUGGGAUCAGCUAUCCCCCCACACCAGUGCUGCAGCUCUCUGGAUGGAUGCACCCUGACCUCCCCUGUGUUGGAGGAGAGACAGACUCACCCUGGACUUUCCCUACUUGUGCUCCUCUGUUACAGGCAGCUGUUGCCUUGCCUCUGGAUCAAGGAUGAACAUAGUUUAGAUGGCUUCUACAAUGAGACUAAGGCCAAGAUCUUCUUGCAGUUUUAUGACCAAACAGCUAAAGUUGUGUUGAACCAGUUCAUGGAGGCCACUUGGAACUAUGUCACCAACAUCACCAGGAAAAAUCAGGAGGAGAUGCUGCACAAGGACAUGGAGAGGUCCCAGUUCAUGAUUUACUUUGGCAUCCGGGCCUGCCUGUUUAAGGUCGCCCAGUUCCAGGACCAGGAUGUGAAGCGCAUGCUGAGAAAGCUGCAGAACAUAGACAAGGCGGCCCUGCCCAAGGACGAGCUGCGGGAGUAUAACGAGCUUCUGGCCAACAUGGAGAUGACAUACAGUAUGACCCAGGUGUGCCUGAAUGAGAGGCCCUGCCUGUCCCUGGAGCCUGAACUCGAAGAAGUCAUGGCCACCUCCAGGAACAAAGAGGAGCCGCUGUGGGCCUGGCAAGGCUGGCGGGAUGCCGUGGGCCGCCAGAUCUGCACCACCUUCGAGCACUAUGUGGAGCUCAGCAACAAGGCUGCACAGCUCAAUGGUUACAAAGACAUGGGAGCCUUGUGGCGCUCCAAGUAUGAGUCAGACACCCUGAAGCAAGACCUGGAGCGGUUCUUCCAGGAGCUGCGGCCACUCUACCUGAACCUGCACACCUACAUGCACCGGGCCCUCCACCGCCACUAUGGGCCCGAGCUCAUCAACCUGAGGGGGCCCAUCCCUGCCCACCUCCGGGGGAACAUGUGGGCUCAGUCCUCGGUCAACGUCUUAGACCUGGUCCUGCCCUUCCCAAAGAAGAUUCCUGAGGAUGUCACAAAGAUCAUGAAAGGCCAGCACUGGAAAUCAGAGAAAAUGUUUGAAGACUCUGAGAAAUUCUUCACCUCCUUGGGGCUGCUGCCUGCCCCACCCAGUUUCUGGAAAAAGUCGAUGCUGACGAGGCCAACCGAUGGGCGAGAGGUGGAGUGUCACACCUCUGCCUGGAACUUCUACCUUGACGAUGACUUCAGAAUAAAGAAGUGCACGGAGGUGACCAUAGAAGACCUGCUCUCCAUCUUCCACGAGAUGAGCCAUAUCCAGUACUUUCUGCAGUACAAGAACCUUUCCAUCAUCUUCUGUGAAGGUGCCAACCCAGCCUUUGAAGAGGCUGUGGGGUCUGUGAUCACCCUCUCGGCCUCCUCCCACAAGCACCUGCUCAACAUAGGCCUGCUCAGCCUCAAGCACCAGGACUCAGAGGAUGAGGUCAAUUUCCUGAUGCGAAUUGCCCUGGAGAAGAUUGCCUUCAUCCCCUUCGGCUAACUGUUGGACCUGUUUCACUAGAAGGUCUUUGACGGCACCAUUCGGAAAGACAUCUACAGUCAGGAGUGGUGGAACCUCAGGUUAAAAUACCAGGGCUUGUGCCCCCCUGUUCCUCACUCAGAGGAAGACUUUGAUCCAGGUGCCAAGUUCCACAUUUCUGCUGGUGUGCCCUACAUAUGAUACUUCUUCAGUCUGGUGCUCCAGUUCCAGUUCCAUGAAACACUGUGCAAAGCCUCGGGCCACAUGGGUCCACUGCACCAGUGUGACAUCUACAACUCCAAGAUUGCCGGGAAGCUCCUGGGAGAUGCUCUAAAGCUGGGCUCAAGCAAGCCGUGGCCAGAGGUCCUAAAGAUGCUGACUGGGGAGUCUGAGGUGUGUAUAAAGGCCCUCAUGACCUACUUCAUACCCAUACUGAACUGGCUGGUAACUGACAACAUGCAGCAAGGGGACAUCCUAGGCUGGCCAGACUUCAGCUGUUCCUUUGAAGAAAAAGACACAGACAAAGUGACAUUCCUGAAUCUGAAGCUGGACCCCAACCAGGCUAAAUUUGGGUACUGGGUGCUGCUGGCCCUGGGCUUUGUCAUGUCUCUGGUGGUGCUGGGGCUGGCCUGCAGGCUGCACUCCCUGGAAAAACAGUCACUGACCCAAGACACUGAGAUAUUCAGCCCACUGCCCAAUGCCUACUUCCUGGGCAUAGCCAUGGAACCCCACCAGACUGCUAAAAGACAGUGGAUGCUGCUGAGCCUCUGCCUUGUCCUGAUGCUGUGCUCAAUCAACCUGGCCAUCUGGAUUUUCACACAGUAAAGCAGGACGCCUCCAUGGGUAAGAGCUGAAUGGUGGAGCUGGGACUAG